UCUGCAGGCGCGGAGGCCAUGUUUUGUUGAUGCAGCUCUUUACUGCAUUCGUGUCCACAUUCUUCCACACUGCUUUCGCGGUGAUGCUCACGGCCUCCGGUGGUACACCCCGGCCGACCCUUGCUGCAAGCGCAGCGAUAACGUCCUCUGCUUCCUCACGUCGUUCACCGAACCUUCUUCGUCCCCGCGGUCGCCGAGCGCUCGCCGCACUUGAUGCUCGCCGUCGACGUGCCGUUGAAACGGGACUCCUCCGCCCUCGUGCUGGUCCUGACCUCGUUCGUGUUGCUGUCUCUGCUGCAGUCGCCCGCGAGUCGAAGAUCCUGGCUCUGGCGACGGACAACGCGCGCAAGCUCGAGGCCAAGACUGGGUCCCACCGAGCGCAAUGGCUCCGAGCUCUGCGCGGCGGCCUCCGCUGGCGGCCACCUCACCCCACAGGCAACACCGCUCGCCACAAACGCUGGGCGCCAACACCACGGCCCACCUCCUCGAGCACCCCAGCGUCUUCGUCGGCGACUGCCACACUGCCCUCGCCAGCCAAGCGCUUUCCUGGGAGGACACCUGCGACGGCAACUUCCCUGCGCUGCGCCCGCUGGCCGCGGCCUCGCCUCUGCCAAAGUGCAACGUGGAAAAUUCGAUGAGUGAUCCACGUUCCACCCAUCCAGGUGCGUCCGACCAGCCCGAGUCCUCCGUCACGCGCCAGACCGUCUACGCCGACUCAGUCGCGACUGCCACGCAUACGCAGCUCGAUGCGAAAAUCCUGGGAACUGUGAACUCGCCCGCCGCGGAGUCCGACAGCAACUCCAUCGAGGCCAAUUCCAAGUACGUCACGCUCGACAUGCUCACGGUGCAGCUGACCUCCAUCACCAAGCUGCUGGUGGACAAAAACGCGAAGUCCUUGAGGACCACCACCUGCAAGCUGCACUCAAUGCUGCAGCUCGCCCACUCGUCCCGCGACGCGGCGACGCACAAGCACGUCGCAGAGCUCGAGGUGGCCAUGCAAGCGGGGGCCGCGAGACUCACGCGCCCGAAAGAGCUUGAGCUGACCAUGCAGUCGGCCAGCACGACAUCCAACACCACGACUGGCCGCUGGCAACGGGGUACCACCCACGGCCCCCGGCAUUGGAGCAGAUGUUCACUCAAUUCGCUGGCGCUGAUUGUCAACAGCAUGCGCCGUGAGAUCAUGGAAGCGUUCGACCAGCGGGCGCCCGGCCUCGACAACGACAUCGAUGAGUUGCAGCAGCAGACCUCCACCGAGGAGCACGUCCAGCACCUGCAAGGUCACGAGCCGACCGUUGACAACUAUGACGGCUCGGCCCACUUCGACAGUUACUUCGACACCCUUUUGUCGAAUAUCAGAGAAC